UCUGUGAUUGACAGUAGACAACGACAGUCAGGCGCGAUAGACACUACGAACAGAACACAGAUACACUUAGCCUGUAACCGCGCAGUUUUAGAUAAAGGACAUCCCGAGUGAGUUGUAUUUUUUAUUCCAUCAUCGCAAAAACAGCCGGUUUUCAACUAGUGCCCUCUAUCAGAGUUAAUGAAGAAGUGACGACGUUUUUUACACUUUUACAUUUGGUGCCUGGACUGGACGAUUCAUUGAGUGUCUUUAUGUGACAGUUGAGCUAUUUGUCUGUUUACUUUAGAGAUGGCAGAUUUACCGCUGCCGCAACAGUUGGUUGAUAUAGACCCGGAUUUCGAGCCACUCUCGAGGCCCCGGUCAUGCACCUGGCCUCUGCCUCGACCAGAGUUCAUCGAACCCGCCUGCUCAAACACAUCUUCACCGGCGCCUUCAGUCAAACAGGAGCCUGUCGAAUACAUCAGUAACCUCAGUUUUUUAGAAGAGUCAGAGGACUACCCGGAGGAUCAGAAACCGCUCGUUUUGUGCAAUGAUUUUCAGUGCCAGGGGAACUGCAUACACCCGCAGCAGGAGAAACAACAUCCACAGCAGUUACAGCAUCAUCAGCAGCACCCGUGUCCUCAGCUGCCGCACCAGCAACAGGUGCCCCCGGUCUCAUCCCCCAACGGGUCGAAUUCGGUGGCCGCCGCCGCAGCCGUGCAGAGGAAAAGCAGCUCGUCGCGUCGGAACGCGUGGGGGAAUAUGUCCUACGCGGACCUCAUCACCAAGGCGAUAGAGAGCUCACUGGAGAAGCGACUCACCUUGUCUCAGAUCUAUGACUGGAUGGUGAAGAGCGUGCCAUAUUUUAAGGAUAAAGGAGACAGUAAUAGCUCAGCAGGUUGGAAGAAUUCCAUCCGCCACAACCUGUCCCUCCACAGUCGUUUUGUUCGUGUGCAGAACGAGGGGACAGGGAAGAGCUCGUGGUGGAUGCUGAACCCCGAGGGAGGGAAGAGCGGCAAGUCCCCCCGACGUAGAGCUGCCUCCAUGGACAACAACAGCAAGUUCACCAAGAGCAGAGGACGGGCUGCCAAGAAGAAGGUGGCUCUCCAGGACGGGGUAGUUGGGGGUGCAGACAGCCCAGGAGGCUCCCAGUACUCCAAGUGGCUCGGCAGCCCCAACUCCCACAGCCACAGCAAUGAUGACUUCGAGGCCUGGACUACCUUCCGGACGCGUGCCUCCUCCGACGCCUCCACCCUCUCUGGCCGUCGCUCUCCCUUCCUGGAACAGGACAUCGACCUAUCAGAGGCCGACGUCCAUAUGGGCUACCCUGGAGGGAUGGGGCCUAAGAUUACCUCCAUGGCCACCCUGCCCAGCCUAUCAGAAGUGGGCCUGGCCGGCUCCAUGGGGGGUCAUCAUCAUGGUCACCACGGAACAGAGAAUGUCAUGGAGAGUCUCCUUGACAACCUCAACCUGCUGUCCCCCAAGAAUCAAGGCCAGCUGGUGAUAUGUGGCGGGCCUGGGUCUGGACCCGACUCCUCACGGUCCUCCCCCUCCUCCAUGCUUCAGAACAGCCCCUAUAGCUCCCCCUCCAUGAACCCCCAACCCCAACAGCAGGACUACAGGAAGUGCCUCUAUGGCCAGGCUGGGCCAGGCAUGAACAGCCCACAUCUCUCCCCCAUCCCCAUGCAGACGCUGCCAGAGAGCAAGCCUCCAGGGUCCUUUGCACACUUCCGGAGCCAUUACAACUGCCCUGCUGGGCUCCUUAAGGAGCUGCUGACCUCUGAAGUAGCUGACCCCCGUGGUGGGGGUGGUGGGGAGGCCAUGCCCACCAUGGAGACAGUAGUGUCCCAGUCAGGGAGAGGGCGAGAAGGAGGAGGGCGGAUGCUGCCCAACUACAGCAGCCAGGGGCAGGUGGGACAGGUGGGACGGCACAGAGGGGUGAAGAUGAUGAGUCCCCCUCCUCAGCAACACACACAACACCCUCAGUCCCACACUCAAAAUCCACACCCUCACCCACAUCUGCAGCCUUUCCACAGCCAGGGCCAGUGCCCUCCCCCAUCUGGGCCAUCCAUGAACGGCUGUGGCCUGAUUCCCCUGACCAGCCUCAACCACGCUGGGGGCCCUGCCCGUCUAGCCAGCCUCAGGACACACAUCCACCAGCUACAGCAGCGGCCCCACAGUGGUGGUGGUCACCCAGUCUCAGGCCAUCACAACCACAGUCCCCACCACAACGGAGCUCCUCCACCCAGCUACAGCAGCAGUGCUAAUGGUUAUGGGAGACCAGGUCCAGGUCCCAGCUCUGCUCAUCCCCAGUCCCACCACUACCACCACCAUCAUCAUCAUCAUCAUCAGGAGAGGCUGCCUAGUGAUCUAGACGACAUGUCCAUCGAGAGGUUUGAGUGUGACAUGGAGUCUGUUCUUCAUGACACGCUGAUGGACGGAGACUCGUUGGACUUCAACUUUGACCCCAUGGUGACCACCCAGGGGUUUAGUCAGGGGGUUGGGGUGAAGACCACCACACAGAGCUGGGUGUCUGGCUAAGACACACACACACCUCUCCGACUCAGAGCAGACAGUUUUGAUUUUUCAGAUUUUUCAACAUUCUCCACUGGCCUUCAUGAAGAGAAUGGAAGAGUCUAAAGAAUCCAUUGCCCCUCUCCAGAGGACUAUCAUCAGCCCGUCCCAAUUCUGUCACUAUCCAUUGCAGAUAUGUAAGAUGGAAGAAAUCAGGUGGAAGCUCCAUCACUAAACUGUGUUCACAUAUCUAGACCCUUUAGAUUUGCAAAGAUCAAGGGGUACGGAGGGACUGCGCUGGCUGAAACUGUGAGGGAAAGUCUGGUCUGAAGUUGGCCUUGUAAAUAUAGCAGCACAAUACCAUUCACUUCAACAGUACUUGGAAGAAGCUGGAGACUCUUAAAGCAAUGUUUUAUUGUGAAAAAUGUUUUGUGUUUAGUAUGUUAUUUGAGUUUUUUGGAUCUCACAUGAUGUUUUUGCGAGUGUGUAUUUAUCUUUUUUUAGUUUGGCUUUAGCUCAUCAAAAACAACUGGAAUGGAGUCGGUUCUGUUUCACAUUCAAGUGGGGUCUGUCCCACCCUUCAAGGUGCUUCUCUAUAAGGUUGUCAAAAAAGGUUUUACAUAUUAUGUCUGAGUAAGAUAUUAUCGAUGUAAAUAUGCUACUAUACUUCAAACAUACAGUGCAUUCGGGAAAGUAUUCCGACCGCUCAACUUUUUACAAAUUAUGUUACGUUACAGCCUCCUUCUAAAAUUGAUUCAAUUGUUUUUUUCCCCCGCAUCAAUCUACACACAUUACACAAUAAUUACAAAGCACAUUUUUUAUUUUUUUAAAAACAUUUUUGUAAUUGUUUAAAAAAAAAUCAAAAAUGAAAUAUCACGUAAGUUUUCCGACCCUUUACUCAGUACUUUGUUGAAGCACCAUUAGCAGCGAUUACAGCCUUGAGUCUUCUUGGGUAUGACACUACUGUCACGUGUGCUCCCUCUCCGGCCUCUAGGUCACCAGGCUGCUCAUUAUGGCGCACACCUGUCACCAUCGUUACGCGCACCUGCGCAUUAUCAGACUCACCUGGACUCCAUCACUUCCCUGAUUACCUUCCCUAUAUAUGUCACUCCCUUUGGUUCCUUCCUCAGGAGUUAUUGUUUCUGUUCCAGUUUCAUGUCUGUGUUGUUCGUGUUUUGUAUUAUGUUUUCAUUUAUUUAUUAUAUUAUUCACUCCCUGAACUUGCUUCCUGACUCCCAGUGCACACAUUACAACUACAAGCUUGGCACACCUGUAGUUGAGGAGUUUCUCACAUUCUUCUCUGCAGAUUCUCUCAAGCUCUGUCAGGUGGGAUGGGGAGCAUCUCCAGAGAUGUUUGAUUGGGUUCAAGUCCGGACUGAUUGGGUUCAAGUCCAGGCCGCUCAAGGACAUUUAGAGACUUGGCACACCUGUAGUUGGGGAGUUUCUCCCAUUCUUCUCUGCAAAUCCUCUCAAGCUCUGUCAGGUUGGAUGGGGAGCAUCGCUGCACAGCUAUUUUCAGGUCUCUCCAGAGAUGUUCAAUCACAUUUAUGUCCGGGUUCUGGCUGGGCCAUUCAAGGACAUUCAGAGACUUGUCCCGAAGCCACUCCUGCAUUGUCUUGGCUGUGCUUUGGGUCGUUGUCCUGUUGGAAGGUCAACCUUUGCCCCAGUCUGAGGUCCUGAUCGCUCUGGAGCAGGUUUUCAUCAUCUCUCUGUACUUUGCUCAGUUCAUCUAUGCCUCAAUCCUGACUAGUCUCCAAGUCCCUACCACUGAAAAACAUCCUCACAGCAUGAUGCUGCCACCACCAUGCUUCACCGUAAGGAUGGUCCCACGUUCCUCCAGACGUGACUCUUGGCAUUCAGGCCAAAGAGUUCAAUCUUGGUUUCAUCAGACCAGAAGAUCUUGUUUCUCAUGGUCUGAGAGUUCUUUAGGUGCCUCUUGGCAAACUCCAAGCGGCUGUCUUGUGCCUUUUACUGAGGAGUGGCUUCCGUCUGGCUACUGUUCCAUAAAGGCCUGAUCGGUGGAGUGCUGUAGAGAUGGUUUACCUUCUGGAAGGUUAUCCCAUCUCCACAGAGGAACUCUCCAGCUCAAGGCCCUUCUCCCCCGAUUGCUCAGUUUGGCCGGGCGGCCAGCUCUAGGAAGAGUCUUAGUGGUUCCAAACUUCUUCCGAGUUUCAUAGCAAAGGGUCUGAAUACUAAUGUAAAUAAGGUAUUUAUGUUGUUUAUUUUUAAUACAUUUGCUAAAAAUAUAUAUUUAAAAAACUUUUCGCUUUGUCAUUAUGGGGUAUUGUGAUGUCAUCAUGGGGUAUUGUGUGUAGAUUGAUGACAAAAUAAAUGUAUUUAAUCCAUUUUAGAAUAAGGCUGUAACGUAACAACAUUUGGAAAAAGUCAAGGGGUCUGAAUACUUUCCAAAUGCACAGUAUAUGCUAUAUGCUGUGUGUAUAUUUGUGAUACAGAAUAUUCUUACAUUUUUUCAUAUUUCCCUAAAACCAGAAAUGUCUUAGUUUCUCUCAGUCUAUGCAUUAAAAAGCCUUUCAAACUGCCGAUAUUCUAUGUUGAACCUUGUACCCAGGAACCAGUCCAGCAUAGGAAUAGCCAUAAUCACAGUGAUUUAUAUAUCAGUGAUAGUACAUAUCAGACUAGUUCAGUGAUAAUAGAUUCAGUGUAUUUCAGUGACAGGACAAAUCCGAGAGGUGUAGGUAGCAAGGGGUUACUUAUCCAACAUUUUAGGCUAUUCUCACCUCAGCCUUUCAUCGGUCUUCCAUUCUCUCCCUCUUCAAGUCACUCCUCAGUUACUAUUCCUAAUUCCAUCUACUUUUCUCUCAUCAUCUAAUGUAUUUGACAAUCAAACUCUCCCUUCCUGGCCUUUCUCAAAUCAGCUCACUUCCCAAUACACCACUUGUUCUCUCUCCCUCUUCCAAAAUAUCUCCCUCCCACUCUCCUGAAUUUGAUUUUACUCCCCUCUCUGUAUGCCUUAAUAUUCUCUCCCACUUUAUCUCUACCCCUUCCUUCUCUCUCUGGCCCUCUCUCUGUCUUUCCCUCCCUACCUGUGGGUGUGAGGGCGCUGUAUGCUUUAGUGGUCAUUUGAAAGGCUGAUAAUGGAACCUAGUUUAACUCACAGAACACAGGAUUUGAGCUAUGUUCUUCCAUAUGAGCCCUGCAUCUUUGCUUCCCUGUUUAUCACGGACCACAACGUGUUAUCCAACUAACCUGAAGUUUUGGAGUCAGUGUACUUAUUCUACAGGUAUCUGCCAAAAUAAUAUCACACAAGUAUAUGGGGGAUACAAAGUCAAUUGAAAGCAUGUGCUUACAUACAGUUGUGUUUCCUCGGUUAAUUAAGCAAUUAACAUCCUAUCAUGAUGAGGAACAUUAUUUUGACUACCAUGGCUAUGCCACCAUAGGAUGACAAUGCCCCCAUCCACAGGGCACGAGUGGUCACUGAAUGGUUUGAUGAGCAUGAAGACGAUGUAAACCAUCUGCCGUGGCCGUCUCAGUCACCAGAUCUCAACUGAACACUUAUGGGAAACCCUGGAGCGGCACCAGAGACAGCGUUUUCCAGCACCAUCAACAAAACACCAAAUGAUGGAAUUUCUCACGGUAGAAUGGUGUCGUAUCCCUCCAAUAGAGUUCCAGAACACUUGUAGAAUCUAUGCCGAGGUUCAUUGAAGGUGUUCUGGCUUGUGGUGGCCCAACAACUUGUUGAGAAACUUUAUGUUGGUGUUUCCUUUCUUCAAGUUGUAUUAGUCGGAUGUUCCUUCUCGACAAUGCAACAACAAUAAAAAAAAAUAUUACAAAAUAACAAUAUGUACAUAAAGUAAAUUGCUCAGUAGAAUAAGUUAUCAUUUUAGCAUAAGUAUAAUACAUUUAUAGUCCAAUAUUUACACGUUUUGGAGAAUGGGGGAUUGGGGGGCAAGUGUUUAAAUUGUGCUGUAUUUAUCAAUAAUAAUUAGAGGCUGGUAGCAGCAGUUGUGAUAUGUGUAGCAUGAAUGUGUGUGUGAGUGUGUGUGUUUGUUUGUUGGUGUGUGUGUGCGUGUGUGUGUGUGUGUGCGUGCAUGGCUGUCUGUGUGGGUGAGUGAGUGCAUGUGUGCUGAGGUGCGGAGAGUCAUUGCAGGUGGUCAGUCCAGUUCAAGUGUUCAGCAAUCUGAUGGCUUGUAGAUAUAAACUGUCUCUGAGCCUGUUGGAGUCAGACCUCAUGAUGCAAUACUGUCUGCCCAAUGGUAAGGAAGUGAACAGCUCGUGGCUGGGGUGUGUGGGGUCCUUGACGAUGCUGCAGGCCUUCCUCAGGCAAGUAGAUGUCCUGGAUGGGUGGGAGCACGGUCCAGGUGAUUUAUUUUGGCAGUUACCUGUAUAUAGUCUCACAUUUUGCUGAAAAUAGUUGUUACUAUUCUGUUCCUAUUCAUUUAGAACAUUAUUUUCCCGAGAUGUUGUGCGGUCCUCCCAUUAAGACUCGUCGGGAAAGCAUGUUGUUUAUUAGGCUACAUAUGAAAUAAGUUAUAAUGAACUUCACAGGGUGGUGAAAGUGCAAGGUGAUGAGUUUGAUGUUAGUUUCCAAUAAAUAUUGGGGGUCUUAUUCUGGAGACAUGAUCAAUGAUGCUUGGCUGCCGUUUGGUAAUCUCUUUCUUUUUUCCAUAAUAAUCUCAUCCUGUAGGCUAUACCCGCAAUGUUUCUGCAAGCUUUUGGCUAUAUAGCACCAUUUUUUUUGUGAGAACACCAUCAGUAGAUUUAAAAUUGAGAUGGAAAUGAAUUGAACUUGUAUUUUUUAUUCUGUACAAAGUCCUCAUGCACAGCCUUUUAUCCACAAUAAGUAAAUGAUGGAAACGUCUCUGUUAAUGCACAUAUAGUUUUUUUAAUGCAGAUUUUAGAUGCAGCCGCCAAUUGGAUGGAAACCUAGCUAGUGACAGUCACCCAAUUAGCAUUUUUUUUAAAAGUCUAGUCUCCAGCUAUAUAAACUUGUAGUAAUCAUGGUUGAAUUCCUGACUGGGGAACCCCCAUUGAUUUUGUUAGUCACUCUCCCUCAGAGAUCAUAUUAAAAACUACAAACAUUUCUCUCCCCCCAUGGCAAAAUGUGUAGAAUUUCAACAAAAUGUAGCUUAGGGCACCCAAAAGGCAAGGGCCAGCUCUGACUGCAUGUGUGGGUAUGCAGACGCAGACACUGCGGCCUCUCAUCAUAAGUUUUUCUUGACCCCACCCCCAUCAAAAUUGCCCAUCCCUGAUUUAGAAUUCUAAGUUUGGGAAAGUGAAGGCUUAGAUGUUAUUUGUUAGUGGACGUAGCAUUGUCAUGUAUAGUAAUUCCCAGAGUAACCUGUUAGAGUCUAACUCUGCAUUCCAAAUGGUACCCUAUAGGUGCCUUUUGGGACAUGAAUCAGCAGUCUCAAAAUCCAGGCUCGGGAGCGAUAUCAGGCCUGCAAGAUGAGUUAUUGCACACUCACACACUCAUACAUCGACUUUUUACCUCUCAACAUCGUGAAGGGAAUUUUUUUUUUUUUUUUUUGCAUUUCCUUUUUCUGUCACAGUGCGUCGGGAUUGUGUAUGGAAAAUAUGAUACGUAACUGUUUUCUUCAUUUACAGUAUGGAUAAGUUGUUGAUGCUAGAAUAGACUGUUCACAAACCUUACCAGCCAUGUGUGUACUGAGUUAUAUAUUUAUUCUUUCAAUUUCUGUUGUUUCCAUUUUUCUUUGCUUAUUUCAAAAUAAUAGCCAUUACUAACUUUCAGCAUAUAUAUGUGACCUCACUGUAAAUAAUAAUACAUUAAUAUGUUGAUUGUUUAAAAUGAAUGAAAAGUUUAAGAUAGGGUAUGCAGUAUCUACAGAGAUCUUAUCGUGAGUGACUCCGUCCCAAAUAGUACCCUAGUUCCUAUAUACAGUGCAUUUGGAAAGUAUUCAGAGCCUUUCCCUUUUUCCACAUUUUGUUACGUUACAGCCUUAUUCUAAAGUGUCUAAAAUACUUUUUUUACUCAUCAAUCUACACACAAUACCCUAUAAUGACAAAGCAAAAACAGGUUUUUAGACAUUUUUGCACAUUUAUUAAAAAUACAACAGAAAUACCUUAUUAACAUAAGUAUCUAGACCCUUUGCUAUGAGACUCGAAAUUGAGCUCAGGUGCAUCCUGUUUCCAUUGAUCAUCCUUGAGGUGUUUCUACAACUUGAUUGGAGUCCACCUGGGGUAAAUUCAAUUGAUUGGACAUGAUUUGGAAAGGCACAUACCUGUCUAUAUAAGGUCCCACAGUUGACAGUGCAUAUCAGAGCAAAAGCCAAGCCAUGAGGUCAAAAGAAUUGUCCUUAUAGCUCCGAGACAGGAUUGUGAUCUAGGGAAGGGUACCAAAAAAUGUCUGCAGCAUUGAAGAAGAACACAGUGGCCUCCAUCAUUCUGAAUAGAAGACGUUUGAACCACCAAGACUCUUCCUAGAGCUGGCCCUCCGGCCAAACUGAGCAAUCAGGGGUAGAAGGGCCUUGGUCAGGGAGGUGACCAAGACCCAAUUGUCACUCUGACAGAGCUCCAGAGUUCCUCUGUGGAGAUGGGAGAACCUUCCAGAAGGACAUCCAUCUCUGCAGCCCUCCACCACAAUCAGGAUUUUAUGGUAGAGUGGCCAGACGGAAGCCGCUCCUCAGUAAAAGGUACAUGACAGUUCGCUUGGAGUUUGCCGAAAGGCACUUGAAGGACUCUGACCAUGAGAAACAAGAUCUGGUCUGGUUUGAUGAAACCAAGAUUGAACUCUUUGGCCUGAAUGCCAAGCGUCACGUCUGGAGGAAACCUGGCACAAUCCCUAUGGUGAAGCAUGGUUGUGGCAGCAUCAUGCUGUGGGGAUGUUUUUCAGCGGCAGGGACUGGGAGACUAGUCAGGAACGAGGGAAAGAUGAGCAAAGUACAGAGAAAUUCUCUAUGAAAACCUGUUCCAGAGCACUCAGGACCUCAGACUGGAACGAAGGUUCACCUUCCAACAGGACAACGACCCUAAACACUCAACAAAAACAAUGCAGGAGGGGCUUCAGGACAAGUCUCUGAAUGUCCUUGAGUGGCCCAUGAUAGAAACUCCCCAAAUACAGUUGUGCCAAGCUUGUAGCAUCAUGCCCAAGAAGACUCGAGGUUGUAAUCGCUGCCAAAGGCGCUUCAACAAAGUACUGAGUAAAGGUUCUGAAUACUUAUGUAAAUGUGAUAUUUCAUGUUCUUUUUUUUGUUUUCAUUUCUUUUGUUUUAUUACUGUUUUUGCUUUUUCAUAUUUGGAUAUUGUGUGUAGAUUGAUGAGAGGGGGAAAACGAGGUAAUCCAUUUUAAAAUAAGGUUGUAACAUAACAAAAUGUUGGAAAAGUCAAAGGGUCUGAGUACUUUCCAAAUGCACUGUAGUGCACUUUUUUGGGCUAAAUUCCAUAGGGAUUAGGGUGCAAUUUGGGAUGCAAACACUUUUGUAAAUGCCAGCUUUAAGAUAAUCAUCCAUGAGACAAUUGUAUUAUAUAAAAUAUAAACUUUCUGUUACUAUUUUGAUUUUGAUUUAAGUGCUGUUUUUUGAUUUCGUAACAUACAUUGUUACGUAGCUGCUGUUUGUAUAUAUAAAAAAAACAAUAACUAAAAGUAGAAAUGUUAAAAUAGACUUUAUCAACAACAUAGACGGCAGGUAGCCUAUUGGUUAGACCGUUGGGCCAGUAACCGAUCGAAUCCCAGAGCUGACAAGGUCAAAAUCUGUUGUUCUACCCCAGAGCAAGGAAGUUAAACCACUGUUCCUAGGCUGUCAUUGUAAAUACGAGUUUGUUCCUAACUGACUUGCCUCGUUAAAUAAAAAGUAGGACCAAUUUUCAUUUAAAAUGUUGCACUUCUAAAGUUUUGUAGUUGCUCAAGUGUUUCAUAGAAUUUGUUUUGAUUAAAAAGAUUUUUACAGAAAAAUGCUUAUCCUCAAACGUAAAAAAGUGUUUGAGCCGGUUACAUUUCUUAACUUAUGUACAGAAAGCAACAUGUAUUUUGAUAUACAGUAUGUGGGAAAUACCAAUAAAGUAUAAUAUAAUUAUUCAA